AAGAUGUUUCCCUUAAUAAUUUUCACAAUUUUCUUUGUUCUCGUAACAUUCAGUAAUACGUUAAUAUCAUUUGAUAUAUAUUUUAUUAAUUGUUACAGAGUUAGAAAAUAUCUUUUUAAGAUAAAUGACACAUAAUAACUACAUAGUAAUUAUUAUGGCAUGGUUAGACAAUUGUUUUUAUUUAUGCGAAAAUCUAAUAGAAAAUUAAUGUUGGAUAUGGAUAUAAUUGAUUAUUUAUUUAUACAUUUCAAAAGGGGAAGUGUAUUAUAUGAUAAAAAUGAGGUAACAAAUUAUGAAAAUUGUUGGAGGUCACCAAAUUUUUGGAGGCAUUUUAUGAGGAAUGCGUUAAAGUAUGUCGAAUGACAAUUGUUGUUAGAUGAACAGUGUUAUUCACAGUCUGUCCAUAAGUAAGUCAAAACGAUUGUCAAUAUUGAAAUUAGUCGACUAUUGUAGUUAUGUAUACGACAUAUAUAAAACCUCAUACGUCUAGAAGACGGCCGAGUUAAUGAACGGAUAUCGGAACAAUGUUUCAGCGUGUAAUUUAUUCAUUGCACAGGCGUCCUCGAUCAUCGUGCUCGUGCAAACGGAAAGUCUCCGCUUGAUGUUCAUAUUCUCUAAACUUUUCCUAGGCAAUGUAUUAGACAUUAUUUUUCAAUCGCUUAACCAAUACGUGAUCUAAUAUAAAUUGUUUAUUUAUGAAAACGUUCUGUAUAAUGAAAUCAAAGUAUCGACAAAAAGUGUAACUCAUCUUAUCUCAAUAUUACGUUACGAAAAAUAAAUUUACUCUUUGAGUACUCAUUGAACGGGAGCCUCAAAUCCCUUAAUUCGACUUCAAUUUGGGAGUAUCCUUAGCAUUAUUUACGGGAAGUUAUGCACACAUGAUUAUUUCUUUCUGGGUUUUGUAAUCUUGGAAAUUUAUGAAAGAAAGAAUAAUAAAUAGAUUUUUUAAACCUUAAUAUCAUUUAAAGUGAAUAAAACUUUACUAAUUUCAUUAAAUCAUAUUUUUUUCUACGGGUAUUCUUUACAAUUGAAGUAGUAUACAAUUAAAAUUUAGCAUAAAGUGCUCAAUUCCCUUGUAACGAGAUAGGUAUACCGAUACCUAUAUAUGUAUGCACAACAACGAGGAAGCCUUUGUAAGUAAAAAUGUGUCUAAGUGUUAAUGAAGUAAGAAAAACGUUAAAAAAAAUCUAAACAUUAAAUAUUGAAUAUUGUUGGACAAUAACAUGGAAAAGUUUUAAAAUUAUGGAGAAAACUGUACAAAAUCGAACUACUGAAAAGUGUUCCUGCUGGAUGGUGCCACCAUGGAGAUUUUCGGAUUUAUCAGACGAGAAAUUAUAUCUGGCCUAUACACAACAACAACGACAAAGGGCUGUUCUCCGAUUGAUCAUUACAGGGGUUUUGUUCCAAGUGUUUGCAUCGCUUGUGCCUGGAGAACGUGAUUUGCAUUUCGCCUAUAAAUCUGUCGCCAUUUCCCUUGUACUGAAUUUAAUUUUGGCAGUAAUCUACGCUCUGUUCCGCAAAGCAAGAACAGCUUUGAAUCAUAUCGCAUGGAUUACUCUAUGGGUUCAACUCCUUGUGAGCACUUCCAGACGUCUUGGAGAUUCGUAUAAUGAAUUGCUGGGUUGGGCUGUCGUACUGCAAUAUUUUACUCUUGCAACAUUACCAUUCCAUUAUAUACUUCUUAUAUUAUACAGUACACUGUCACUCACUGCGUAUUUACUUAUUCAAUACUAUAAUGCUACAACUACUGAAAGCAGACUGGCCGGCGAUUUUUACUUGCAGCAAAUAGCGAACGGAUGCCUCUUACUGGGAGCUACAUUUCUGGGCGGAACUGCAUAUGCAAUAAGCGAAAAACAACAGCGGAGCUCAUUUCAAGAGACAAAACGGAGUUUACGCGAUAAACUUACAAUUGAACAACAAAGCAAAGAACAAGAAAGAUUGUUGCUGUCCGUGCUUCCUGAACAUGUGGCAGUACAAAUGCGUAAAGAUUUGGGACUUAUCGAUACUCAGUUUAAGAAAAUUUACAUGUCCCGCCAUGAAAAUGUUAGUAUAUUAUAUGCAGACAUCGUCGGCUUUACGGCUAUAUCCUCAACCUAUUCAGCGCAAGAUCUAGUAGCGAUAUUAAACGAACUUUUUGCAAGAUUUGACCGACUCGCGGAGAAAUACCAACAACUAAGGAUCAAGAUUCUAGGCGAUUGCUAUUACUGCAUCAGCGGCGCUCCGCUGGAGAGACCUGACCACGCUGUUUUAUGUGUUCACAUGGGACUGUCUAUGGUCAAGGCGAUUAAAUAUGUGCAACAAACAACAAAUUCACCAGUGGAUAUGCGCGUGGGCAUCCAUACGGGUGCCGUGCUAGCGGGAGUGCUCGGACAACGACAGUGGCAGUUUGACGUUUACUCUCGGGAUGUCGAACUUGCCAAUAAAAUGGAAAGCAGCGGGAUGGCUGGUCGCGUUCACGUCUCGGAGGUGACCUUGGGUUUUCUAAACGAUGAGUUCGAGGUGGAGCCGGCCCACGGUGAACGACGAGAAGAGAUGCUGCGACAGGCCGGCAUUAAAACAUACUUCAUAGUACGGGUAUUGAAACCGUAUCAUGGCGAAGAAAAGAGUGCUGCUGGGGAAGCGGGUGAGGGAGAUGGGAGCGACGCGCUCUCCGAUCUGAAAGACGACGAUGAGGACUCUGUUCUAUCACCGCAAGACGAGAGCAAGGACAAUGAGGAUGUCAAAAUACUCGCAAUGUUAGAGGAAGAACUCGUCAAUAGAGAUGACAACAAGGAGCUGGCGGAUGCGACUACUUUAUGCCUGACUUUCAAGACCCAAGCGGCGGAGGCUUGCUAUGCGCGACGGGUUGAUGCCUGCCCCCUGGCUGUGUGCGCCCCUCCGCUACUGUUGCUACCAGCUGUCGUGGCUCUUGCCAGCUUUGCUGUUCCAUCAACAUGGUCUUUACACGCCGUCUAUCUUGCGCUGGUUCUUGAAACAGGACUCGUUAACGUUGCAUACUAUGCUUGUUAUAGAUAUGCUCAUUAUAAGAAAAAAGCAAUAUCGCCCUACUGGAAGCUGACAUGUGGAACGUUUAACAUUGUGAUGUUUGUCGCUGCCAAUAUUGCUCCAUUGAUUAUAUGUGGCAACUUCGAAACGAUGCUAGCAGAAGACGGGCUUAGAGAUGACGCCCCUUCACAUAGCGGCGCCCGACGUUGCAUUCACCCAUCAUAUUAUUAUCACGUGGGUGCGGGUGCGUUAUGUGGUGCGUUGUGGGUUUCUCCAUUGGGUGGAUGUGCACGAGCGGCUUUGUUGGGGUCACUAGCGGCGGCUCAUGCUGUACCCGCAGCCCUACACCCCGCGGUACUAACAUCUCGCCCUACACUCGACCGCGACCCCUUUCGUUUGCCAUACAACGCCACCGACGACUGCGAAGAAGAAUUAUUAAACCUGCUAGCCCAGAUUCACACUGGUAGACACAUCCUGAUGCUGUUGUUCAUAGCGGUGGCACUCAUCAUAUACAACAGAUACAGCGAGUCUCUGGAGCGCGCACGGCACUCGCGCGGGGAGAGAAUGCGCGCGCAGGCGGAGCAAGCGAGUGACUUACGGCGACGGAACCAGGCACUGGUCCACAACGUUCUGCCACCACACGUUGCCAGGCAUUUCAUGGGCGCACGUCAUCAUCACCGCGAUUUAUACAGCCAGAGUUACGCGGAAGUCGGCGUGCUUUUCGCCUCCAUGCCCAAUUUUACAGAGUUUUACUCGGAAGAAACAGUUAACAAUCAAGGCCUAGAAUGUUUACGAUUUCUCAACGAAGUUAUAUCGGACUUUGAUCUCCUGCUGGAAGAUGCCAAAUUCAGUAAGGACAUCAUCAAAAUAAAGACGAUUAGUUCAACGUACAUGGCUGCGUCAGGCCUAAAUCCUACGCGACAAAUGCAGCCUUCUGAUGGUGUGUUGGUUCGUUGGGCUCACCUGGCAUGUUUGGUGGAGUUCGCGUUGGAGCUGCAGCGUGUUCUGGCCGCCAUCAACGAGCAAUCUUUCAACCAUUUCGUACUUCGAAUGGGUGUAAACCACGGGCCGAUCACAGCAGGCGUCAUUGGUGCCAGGAAGCCCCACUACGAUAUAUGGGGGAACACUGUUAACGUAGCUUCAAGGAUGGAAAGCACUGGCAAGGCUGGAUGUAUACAGGUGACCGAAGAGACCUGUCAUAUCCUUGAGGAUUUCGGGUACUACUUCGAACAACGUGGCCUAGUCGCAGUUAAGGGCAAGGGGCAGCUUAUGACGUAUUACCUGCAAGGGAAGAAAGGCGACAUAGAUAAUACCACAAACAAUGGCGAAAAUGGCGAGUUGCUAGCGAACGGGGAACCAACUCCAUCAAUGUUUACUCGUUCAGAGGAAGCGGACGCUGGCCAUCCACUUCUACCGUAAUAAAGAACGUUCUAAAUAAUAUUCCUAGUAAUUAAUGUUCCAAAUCUCUAUUUUUUAAUAUUUUCUAAGUCAACUCUAAAAAAAUAAGUAACCAACAUCCUUAUUUAUAUAGAAAUAACACAUAAUGCCAGUCUUGAACGAGGGCAUUAUUUAUGGAAAAGACUUUAAAACUUAUCACCUAAUUACAGUUAGUUAUAAGCAAUUUCAGCAAUCUUUGGUUGUAAUUAUGACUAUAUAACUUGUUGAUUUUUAGAGUCUUUAAUACUGUUAUCUGUCACUGUAUAUUUCUCUAAUAAUAAAUAGCUAUAUUAAUAAAAAAUAUAUAAAAAUUAAUUCAGAUAACUAUUUAAUGUAAAAUCUAUCGAUUAUAGGAUAUGUAGUUCGUAGGAUAAUUCACAAACUUCUCAGUAGCAGCUAACCGUUUCCUUAUUAAGUAAAUUAUUACGAACAAAACUAGUUAAUUUAUGAUUAAUAUAAAAUCUUGUUUAAAAAAUAAUUCAAAGUUACUUUCAUCCAUCGUUAUCACAUUCACACACAUAAUUUAUGUUGACAGACAUUUGAAACGCCAUUCUCUUAAUAAGUUACCAUAAAAUAAACAAGCGUAAUAGAUGCUUUUACAUUUAAUUGAUGGUUAUGAUUAUCUGCUCCGUAAAUAUAAUAAUUAAUUUAUGGACAAAUUAAUGAUAUAUAAACAUUUAUAUAAGUCUUUUCUUGAGUUUGUUAAGUAUAAUUUUUAUAAACUUGUUUUUUUUUUUCUUAAUAAAUAGUGUGAAGCAAAUAAUUUACGUAAUACAUAUAUUUUAUUUAAGUAAUUAAAAAGUGGAAACACAAAAUCGAUCCUAAAUGAUAAUCUUUUUACGUCAGUGAAGACUUCUUUAUUAAUAUAAAAAAAAAAAAUAAGCAUUUUGGAGGUAUUUUUUAUUUAUCUGUCCAACAUUAACAUAUAUACCGAAACUUGUUUUUGAUCAGGCUCCAAUUUAUUAUAGAUAAUUAUAUUUUUAUUCUAUAAUAAAGUUAAAAAAACAAUGUCACUUAAAAAACAGAUGACCUACAACAUCCUGUUAUGUAAUGUAAAAUUCAUUUAGUGGACGUUUAUGCUGAUCAAGAUACGUUUAAUGUUGUUAAUAGAUUGACAAAAACGAACAUGUCGUUCUUUUUUUUAUAUGAGUAAUUAAUAAAUUAUUGUAAACUGCUAAUCUUUAUAAUUUAAGUAUUUGAACUUCUGUUGAAUAAAAAUUAUAUCAAUCAAAGAUGUACAUAUAUUUUUUUCGUGUCCAAUAUAUAUGCCUAUGAACAGUAGAGAAAAAGUUUAAUCUUAUUUAGAAAGUUUAAUCAUAGUAGGUCAUUAGUAUGUAAUUAUUUUUAUGUAAUGAUUAUAGUAUCUAAUUAUGAGUUGUAUUACCGAAAGGCUUAUUUGUAGUAAUAAUGUUUAGGAUAUAGAGUAGUGUCAAGUAAUUAGUAGAUAAAAUUUUCAACAAUAUCGAUUGUGUUGAUGCACUAAAAGUGUGUCAGACGUUUCUUGUAUAGGUGCUACCUCCGUUAUUUAUUUGUGCAAUAACAUAUUGCGAAAUUUACUGCAUAAGUCGAAUUGGAAAAUUAUGAUGCGGUCAUGCGCACACGCAGCGAGGAUGCGGUUAUAUAAUAGUAAGUUUGAUAAGUCUGUAGUCGGUGUUGCCACAUCUUCAUCUUUGUAUUAAGUAGAAAUAUUGUGAUAUUCGUGUAGGUGUCGUAUAGCUUAAUUUGUAUGUAUCUUUGUCGUUUUUUUUUUUAGAUUUUAAAUUAUUUGGCAUUCAGCAAAAAUUCUAUUAAUAGGCUUCCUAUUGUACGGGAUAAUGCUUUCAAUAGAAUUGCCUAGAAAACAUAGCCUAAAUGUAUUUGUACGUAUGUAGUACCAUAUAUCAUUAUGUGUAGUAUAUGUGUAGGAAAUUUAACGCUUGAUAUUAUAGGUAAUAAUAUUAUACGUGAUAUAUUAGAUAUUUACUCUAUUAGAUUUAAGUUUUAUUAGACAUGUUAUAUUUUUUCUUCUAACGACUUUAUACCUUCCUGUGAUUUGUGACUAUUUAAGAUAUAAUUUUAUACAUGUUUUAGCUCAAACAUUUAAAGGUUGAACCUUAUGUGGCUAUUAUAUUAUUAAAGUGUAACAAAUAAAGCAAUACCUUCAAACAAA